AAUCAGAGCAAACAAUCGGCGCCGUCUAUCUGCCAGUUUCCUCCAAGCACGUCCGAAUUCCACCUUCCUGCGCACAUUGCGGAACUCACAUCGCGGAACUCACAUCGUUAUCCAACCCCCACCUGCAGAGAAUGGCGACCCAAAGCAGGCCAACGGAAAUGAAGGACGCCAACGAACGUCUCAGUGACAAAACGGCAAGCGGAAAACUCGCCAAAGAGAAAAAGAGCCCGCAUAGAGAUAUACUGCAGAGGGGAAUCCCGGAUGUUUCCACGAUAUGUAUUUCUCCCUUGGCAGAUGUUUAUCUGGCCAUGGGACUCACCGAGGGCUUGCUGGAGAUACAGCGGUGCCUUCGGGAAUAUCUGAAGGGGUUCAUGAACAGUCUUCCCAGCUUCUUGACCCCCGAAGACCAGCAUGUCGUUACGCAGAAACACCACCGCGAACUCCAGGAUACCAUCGACGACUUGUGCGACGUGUUUCGUGAGGCCAGGCACUUCAGGCCGAUGGGGCCGAACGACAUCAUGACGGACGUCACGUUCGGCAUCAUCGCCAAUGUGCGCGCUCACCUCCAGAGAGACGUCGAGAUCGGAUCGUACAUUGAUGCGGCGGCAUGGCUUAUGGAGACAGCUAACGUUGUCUUCAACGAGACGUGGAGGAGAGAAGACGCAGAAAGAGCGCGAAGAGCAGCCGUAGCAAAUGGGAACGGAAUACGAGCUAGACUUGCAAAGGAUGCUGCGGAGAUAAGAGCCUUGACACAGCGAAUAAGACAAGAAUUGGCUAUGCAUAUGAAAGAAGGAGUAGCAAAGAUGGUAAAAGCGGAGAAGGAAGAAAAGCAAGCAGAGAGAGCAGAGAGGGCUGAAGCAAGGAAAGCAAACGAAGCAAGGUCUUUGGAGGAAGCAAAAGAAGGGUAGAAUAAAUAGGUGCUCGACGCCACUGGGACAGCGAUCAGCGUCUAGUGCAGGAGAAGAGGAGAGUACAUGGUUCGAUACGUAUAGUUCUCAAAUGAAAGACAGCGUUCCACAGUUAUCUUUACUCAGGUUGCUGACGUUGCCAUGGCACAUAUAAGUAAGGCAGGCAGGGCAGGCAAGGCAGGUAUCCGUAAUGUAAGGUAGUGAUGCUGCCGCGAAUUGUGUGAACGCCCCCGUACCAAUGUCGGUCAGCAAACAAUUGUGUGUUCUACACUCAGCUCUAGAGGGGAGAGUUUGUGGAGAAAUGACUAAUUGCGACGACACUGAGGUAGGUUCUCAUCUGAGUAAUUAUGACCGAUAAUCUAGCCACAUGAUGGUACAGUGCUACGUUUUUGCAAAGAAAAUCUAGCUUAAGAGAAAGUAAGAAAAUGGAAAGGCCUUGCCUUGGGAUAAACAUGGAUUC